UGGUUUGUUCGGCUUUCCUCCGCGAACGAGAUCGGUGGCGCGGGAUGGAAGUAAGAGGGGCUGACCCUCUCGAGCCGCCCUCCCCGAGUGUUAACUCUCUAAGGAACGUAGAGCAAGGGAAUUCAGACGACACUUCCACCGUAGAGAUGCAGGGGAGAUGUCUCCCAGACAAAAUUGAGGCUGCGGAACCGCUCCACUCUGCAGAAGAGGCGAUGGAAAUUCUGGCUACCAAAGCCUGUUCUCCGAAGAGCAAUGGGGUUCCUGAUGUGUCUUUACAAGUGUCCCGUGGGGAUGAAUCGAAGCCAGGGGUCCCGGGUGCAUAUAGCUUUCCAGCAGCAAACAGCUGCCCGAUGACCCAGCGUCACUGGGGAGAAGAGAUGUCGGGGGUCCCAGACUCACACAGUUACCCCUUGAGUAGAAAUGGAGCAUCUAAAAUGUCCUCUCGUCGGGACGGGCAGUUGUGGAAUUCAGCUUCAAAUAGGUCCACCAGCUGUGGCAUUGAAGCCCAGAUCUUUCUCCUCACAGGCCUGGGCCCUCUCCCCUCCUGCUGGGGCGAGUUCCAGAAUAAAACCCCAACUGCCAAUCACGCAAACGAAGCCACGGAACCAUCUCACCCAGUCAAAGGAUCGCCGGAGACUGUGGCUUCUGAAGACAGCAGCCCUGACCGAGAGGAGGCCUCUGAUGUCACACCAUCCCACUGGGAUGGUGGAAAGCGACAGCCCGUUGGCUCCAAACUGGCAGCCCCUGGACCCGUUCAGGAUGACGAUCCCGCUGUCCUAGCCAUGUUCCGCGCGGUGGCCAGCAGCCGCUUGGCCGUGCGGAGCCAACAGAAGGAUGAGCCGGAUUUCACGCCCACGCAGAAAUUGGCCAUCUUGCAGGAUUUGUACCGCACCAAGCCCCUGGUCUUCCUGGAGCGCUUCCGAACGGCCCUGCGAGAGGAACACCUGCCAUGCUUCCAGCAUCUGUCUGGCAAUUACGAGGCCGAUUUCUACUGCGCCGAAGUGCGCAGGGCCGGCCUGGGCAAAACGCGGCACACCCGGGUUCGGAACAAGCGCUACGCCGCUCUGCAGCAGCUCAUCCGAGACGGGGAAUACUUCAGCGACGAGCAGAUGCGUUGCCGGGACCCGCUCCUUUACGAACAGUACAUCGGGCAGUACCUGAGCGAGGAGGAGUUGCAGGCGCUGGGCAGCAGCAAGCUAGAGGCUGCCGGCUCGCUCUCCGGCGUCCUGCUGGACUCCUACCAGGAGCAGGUGAUCCAGCGGCGGCUGCAGGUCCAGCAGGAGCUGGAAGAGGCCUGCGAGGAGGAGGAGGAGGAAGAUAGUGACGACGAUGAUGGGGAAGACAAGGCCUCUGACCCUGGCAUGGAGGAGUGGGUCCCUGACCAGGAGGAGAAAGCAAUUCUGCGGGAAGAGUUCACCAGCCGAAUGUACCAGCGCUUCCUGGACGGCAAGGACGGGGACUUUAAUUACAGUGAGGUCGAUGAGAACCCAGACUUUGACAACCUGGACAUCGUAACCCGGGACGAGGAGGAGCGCUACUUUGACGGGGAGGAGCCGGAAGAAGCGGAUGCCAUGGAGGCGGAGUAGAUGCCGCUGAGAUCCUGGCCCCAAGGUGGAGGUGAGGGCCCCUGGACCCAGCAGGGGGAUGGACGCAGAGUGGGACGCGUUUUGUCUUCCUACCCUAUUGGGUAACAUUCAUCCUGGCCAAGUUGGGGGGUCAGCCCCACAGGGACCGGAGGCGCAGCUCCACAGCGGAGUGGGUGAAGUGCCGUUGCCAUCCGAGGGGAUGCCAGAAGCAUCUUCUGAACCCUGCAAGCUUCUCCCGAGUCCCUUCCCUGGCUCUGCUUCCCAGUCGCUACCAGGAGAAGAACGCUGACAGAGGGCAAGUCCCUCUUGAGGACCGGACACCUGCGAUCCGGAUUUGAAGUGCCAAGGCAGACCUCGCUGUCUUCUCUGGGGUGACUCUCUCACGUCUUUACGAUCCUAUUGCAGAGGCGUGAUUUGGACUCUUCCUCGAGUCUGCAGCUUCCCCUUGACUUGCAAGUAACGGGACUCUGUGUUAGGGAUGGCGCCGGCCUCGAGCCCGGGUGAGACGUCGCUAUAAGGCGGCUCCUGCUGCGUUGCUUGGUGGAGCGUCGUGUGUCCAGUGAUUUCUCCAGCUUUUGGCAGUUGAAAAUAAAUCUUUUGAGUAA